UGCCAGUUUCGUUGUAACCACAUUAUCCACGUGGUUCAUCCAUGCAUGCUAUUACUGUUUUUUUGAGUCUAUAACAAUAAAUGGCAUGCCCUCAGGGAGCUGGAGUAACAAGAAGAGCUGUCAGCAAUGAGCAUGAAGAGAAGCCACAUAUGAAGUCAAGGCCCUUACUGAAGGAUCUGCUGAAAGAACUCGACUCUAUCGUUACAUGGCAGCUGCUCAUGAUUAACUUGGGAGUGGAAAAGUUUGAAAACGAUAAGAUAGAGAAGAAUAUUCCAAAUGAUAUUGAGCAACAAAAGCAAGCGGCUUUGAUAAAUGGUUGAGGAAUAAGCCUGAUGAUGCUUACUGGAAGGAUGUCAUCGAUGCUCUGUAUGAAAUGGAGGAGAUCACUCUAGCUAGUAGUCUUGCUAAGAAGUACUACUGGAUAGAUCCAAGGGUAUCCGUGAAUAAUAGCUUCUCAAGUGCUGCUUCUUCAAAUGCUCGCAUCACUGCCAAGAAAAUUGAUAUGCAAUGCCAACAAUAUCUUCCUCCACUUACACGUGGACUAGAAUACUACGUCCUUGAAGAUAAAUCAGUACAACCAAUUACUGAAAGAUCAGCAGCAGCGAGGAUAGGUAAUUUGUCACGCCUCUUACAGACUACACGUCCCAACAGCUUGGCAGAUUUCUUUAAAAGCAUCGAAAAGAGUAGCAGUAAAGGUGACUUCAAGGUUGGACUUGAAGCAAGAUUUGGGCACUUGUACUGGAAAAUAAAUCCAGAAAAGGCACUUUCUGCUAACUUAACUCACCAAGAGUGGAUAAGAUCCAAGUUGCUAAGAAAAACGGCUUUCAACACCCAAGUGACCGAAGCUGAUAUUGGGCGACUGUUUGCUGGGAGGGAGCUGCUCGAUAAAGAAGUGGUCACCAGAAUGACCUUGAUCUAAGUAGUGGAGAGUAAAGAUGAAGGAAUCUACUCAGCUGUCAUCGCUGUGUAUGAAGGUGGUGAUGUGUUUUAUCUGGAUGCUGUGUACAGAAAGCAAGCGUUUGUGAAUCGAGCAAAAUUAAAUAUUGGUUUACCAGGACACAAAUGACUUCAGGAUAUCUGAAUGUACCGAAGCACCUUGCUGGCUGAGCAUCAAAAGAGUAAACCGUAUCAGAUAGCCCAUACCAUUACUAAUUCUCUGUGCAGACUUCCCGGUAGAAGACUUCACGUCAUUCUUCGUGGAUCGUCUCCAAACAAUGAGAGCUCUUGGAAAGUCCAGUACAUUCGUCAGCGAGUGCAAAGGCAAUAUAAAUGGAAGCCAGAAAAAAAGUGGAUUUUGGCCCAGUAUGAUGUUGACGUCUUUGACUCUGACAAGAAUGUUACUGUGAAGGUUAACUCUGCCCCACUGAAUGAAGGAGUGGACAUUCCUGAGUUUGACUACUCACGAAAAGAAGUCGAGCUUUGGGGUCAGAAGAUAUUCCCAAAAAAUAUUGAUGACACCCACCCCUCACGAGACAAGUACUACUACAUGGAGGGGAUCGAGGGAGUGCGACUGCCUGGAGGAGAGCUGAGGGAGCCGUGCAAUUGGACCACUAAGGAACUGUUGAGAGAUUUCGAGGAGUUUCUGGGAGAUGCAUUCAAGAUUGCUCACAUCCUCAACGGAUCUCCUUACUGAACCUUUAUAACGUGAACUGAUUCGUGAAUUAAUUUCUGCAAUGUAUAUAGUAUAUGAAUAAUCACCUAUGCUGCAUGCCUUUAUUUUUUGUUCACACAAAAAGUCAUCUUGGUGCGCAUGCGCAAGCGAGGUAUAUACGGUAGCCGAACUCCAUCAGACAUCAACAUGCGUCAGGUAACACGGUCGUGUAAUAAAAUUAUCUUUAUCUACAUCUGAUUCUGCUGCAACUCAGAAACAGUAAUGUUGCGAUGAUGACGAGGAAAAUAUAUGGAUCUGCUGGAACUGAAGCCACUGAGUUUGUACUAUGCAUGCAUUUGGGCAGCAAUCUACGAAAAGCAUUCUUCAAAGGUGUUAAAGAGCACUUCAAAAUUGAAAAUGAAUAUUAGAGAGUAUAGCUGACGUACUAGAUCUAAUACAUGAAUUUUGCAAGCUUUUUGGAUUAAACGGUGUUCCAGAAUAUGCAUGGAUGUGCAUGAUGUGGGCGGAGCUUCAGAGACUUUUUGCAACUUAAAAUUAGUGAAUGUAUGCAGUCCUGUGGAAAGUUGAGUCUUGCAAGACAAGUUGGAAGUCGGUAGAUCUAUAUAGGUCAAUUAUUUUGUUUAAAGCUGUUUUUUUUUUUGUUUUGUUUUUUAUGAAUUAUGCCAUUGAAUAUACCUACAGUAUAUACAUGCAGGGAAAGAUGAAGGAAAGGUUUCCAUGGCUCCAAGAUCAAAGCAGCCCAAAAUGACCAGUAAAGCUAUGGAAACUGUAAACACGCUCAAAGCCGAGUGUGUGGCACUAAAGUGCAGAGAAAUGGUGAACUUGAAGAGAGACUUGCAGAGAGAACAAGUGUUAUUGAUGAGCUCAUGCAAGACAAGAACAGAUCAGUUGCACAGGGCUCAGUCAAGCAACGCCCUGAGGCUGCACACCAGUCCACCAGGGCUGGUGACACUGGACGCAGAGAAACAGAGGUUCUCAGAGAAAGGAACAAUUUUCAGGAGUACAUUUCAAAGCUACUGGACCCCUAUAACCACGUAGAUAUCUCAUUAUGUCUCGGUGCACCAGAGGCAGACGAUAAUUAUAGCGUGUUUGUGUGUGUGCAUGCAUAUAGAUCUAUAU